UCCUCGGAAGGCAAACCGUCACGGUUUCACUUAAGGCCAGCAAACGUUACAGCCGGCUGGCAAGGAUUUACCGAAGCAAGCGGGGGAAAGCGACAGUUUUGACUGUACAUAAAGCAAACAAGUUGACAAACAAGAGCCGUAGCUUUUCAGAGAAAAAGAAAAUGUCAGUUCAGUAGGAAAGCGCUCCAGGGGAAAAAAUGGAAUAUUUAGGGCGUGGAAGACUGGCACCUCUUCAACCUCUUACUCUGGAGUAGUCCCUUCACUUUUAAGCCGUCACAAAUUUCAGGAUUCUAAGUUUUUCUUUUUCUGAUUUUGCUUCGAACUACUUAAGGCAAAAUAAAUAAAUAAUUUCUAGUGCGCAGGCUCCUUUGGCUUUUAAAUACAUAUCGUGGCGAUCAACAAGCCAGGGUCAAAAUCUUCAAAAUUCGUUCUGUUGCCUUCGAUGGGACUGCUCCGGGCUCCCGAGGCUAAUGGCUGAGGAGUGUGGGCGAGUAGCAGCCGUGGCUGCCGCGGUGACAGGAAGGAGGAGGAAAAGCGCCGGAGAGACCGGGCUGGUGAGCCCGGAGGCGGCCGGAGACGAGGACUCGUGCUCUUCCUCCACCCCUCUGUCGCCGUCGUCUUCGCCUCGCUCGCUGGCCUCCGGCUCGGGGGGCUGCGCGCCCAGCAAGUGCGUCUGUAACAGUUGCGGCCUGGAGAUCAUCGAUAAAUACCUGCUCAAGGUAAAUGAUUUGUGCUGGCAUGUGCGCUGCCUCUCUUGCAGUGUAUGCAGGACCUCUUUAGGAAGGCACACCAGCUGUUAUAUCAAAGACAAAGACAUUUUCUGCAAAUUGGACUAUUUCAGACGUUAUGGAACUCGUUGCUCCCGCUGUGGCAGACACAUCCAUUCUACUGACUGGGUCCGAAGAGCCAAGGGGAAUGUGUAUCACUUGGCAUGCUUUGCCUGCUUCUCCUGCAAAAGGCAGCUUUCCACAGGAGAAGAAUUUGCUUUGGUUGAAGAAAAAGUCCUUUGUAGGGUACAUUAUGACUGCAUGUUGGAUAAUCUGAAAAGAGAGGUCGAAAAUGGGAAUGGUAUUAGUGUAGAAGGUGCGUUAUUAACAGAACAAGAUGUUAAUCAUCCAAAACCAGCAAAAAGAGCUCGGACGAGUUUCACGGCAGAUCAGCUGCAGGUAAUGCAAGCACAGUUUGCUCAGGACAACAAUCCAGAUGCACAAACACUCCAAAAACUGGCAGAAAGAACAGGCUUGAGCAGGCGUGUGAUACAGGUGUGGUUUCAGAACUGCAGAGCACGCCACAAGAAACAUGUUAGUCCCAAUCACUCAUCUACAACUCCGGUUACAUCAGUCCAGCCUUCCAGGCUUUCUCCACCAAUCUUAGAAGAGAUGGCAUAUUCAGCAUAUGUACCCCAGGAUGGGACAAUGUUAACUGCUCUGCAUAGUUACAUGGAUGCUCACUCACCUUCUGCUCUUGGACUCCAGCCUUUGCUACCCCAUUCAAUGACACAGCUGCCAAUAAGUCACAGCUAAUUCAUUUAUAUCAGGGACAUGAGACUAAGGAGGUACCCUUGAGUCACCUAUUCUACUCUGUCAGUGAAAGUCCAUUUAACCUUAAAUAGCAUCCAAAGCAUUUUGAAGACAAUUUUGUUGCCCAGGUAUGUAAGUAAUAGUUGGCCUGCAAGACACUUUUAUGGCUUUCUCCAUAAAUAUGUUUACAAGACUUAUUAAAAAGAAACACCUUUUUUGUAUUGUCUGGAAGUAGUCCAUUCUAGCUAUGUGUUUGUUAAUUUAUUUAUCAUCAAAAGAGCACUUUGCCUAAAAGACAAAACUGACAAUUGUGCAAAAUGUUUACAAUUCUUUGUGAAAUUGUAGUUCAUCAUUAGUUUGUAUCUGUAAGUUAUUGUUAUUAAAGUAUUACUUGUAUUUGAGUUACAUGCAGCCUAUACUUUGAAGCUUAUGUCCACAAGCUGGCAAAAUGUUGUUUGCCAGUGUUCUCCAAAUGACCUAAAUAAAGCCUUCUGUUGUAGCAUGCCAAGCAAACACGUUAUUGUGUUAA